GCACGGAGGAAACGGGGAGCUGGGGGCGGCGGGCGGAGCGGCGGAGCGCGGGCCCCGCCCCUGAGGGCCGCUGGAAAAGUUUGGGCUCUGGCUUGCGCGCGCAGAGGCUGAGCCAGCCGGUCCCGGGGACACGCGACGGGGCCGCGGCGCCAGCGCGGUGGCAGGAGGAGCCCUAGCGACAGCCCAGGCCGGACCGACUCCCCCAGCCCCCAGCCCCAAGACUCUCCUGUGCCCCGGUCCCCGCCGCAUGUGAGCGGAGGAGGAAGGGUCGCCAGGAUGCGGGUGGCCCAAGUGCCCUUCCCAGAGGAAGUUUGGAGCCACUCUCAUGAUUCCUUCACACCCACUUUCUGUUGAAUUAAUUACUUGCCUGAGGAGACGUUCCAUGAGCUUUCGUAGGUAACAGGAUGUGCUCGGUGGACUCCAUCCAGUGCCGAGACACCUGUGUUCCGGUGACCGUCGUGACGGCCCCGGGCACGGUCAGCCUCUGUUCUGGGUCGUUUUCCUCCUGUUUCUGCGGCACUGCAGCCGGGUCUGUGGGAGGCCUGGUGGCAGGCCAGCCAGGUCCUUAGCUGCCUGGAGUUGCUCAUUCCCACACACCUUCAUUCAUCCCAUGGCCAUCUGGGCAGGAGUCCAGUCCUGUGCCCUUACUAAGAACAAGCAGAGAAGAGAGAGUCUGAAGAGUCUGGGUGAAGAGCAGAGGUUGUGGCUGCUGGAGCCCUUUCUUGCUGUCGUGGGUGUGAAUUCACAAACAGUUCACAGUCUUCGCCCUUUCAGAUGCUUCUAAUUUUAAAUCAGUGGGUCCACUGAGAGUCUCAUCCUGUUGUGAUGUCACCGGAGGUGAUGAACGCGGCCCCAGGCGCCCGCUCUGCACGCCCUGGCCGCCUCCGUUCUCUGGGGAUGGACGUGCCCAGGGCGCCCUCUGGUGGGAUCUGGAGCUGAGCCUCUGCGCGCCUGAGCGAUGGCCACGGUCCUGACGCCGCGCCCCAGGCCCUCCCCCGGGAACCAGACGCUGUACGAGCACUACAGCUACGUGGGCAAGCUGGAGGGCAGGCUGAAGGAGGCCCCCGAGGGCAGCGCGCUCACCACCGUGCUGUUCCUGGUCAUCUGCGGCUUCAUCGUGCUGGAGAACCUCAUGGUUCUCAUCGCCAUCUGGAAGAACAAUAAGUUCCACAACCGCAUGUACUUCUUCAUCGGGAACCUGGCUCUCUGCGACCUGCUGGCCGGCGUCGCCUACAAGGUCAACAUUCUGAUGUCGGGCAAGAGGACGCUGAGCCUGUCUCCGACGGUCUGGUUCCUGCGGGAAGGCAGUAUGUUCGUGGCCCUCGGGGCGUCCACCUGUAGCUUGCUGGCCAUUGCGAUCGAGCGCCACCUAACUAUGAUCAAGAUGAGGCCGUACGACGCCAACAAGAAGCACCGUGUCUUCCUUCUGAUCGGGAUGUGCUGGCUGAUCGCCUUCUCGCUGGGCGCCUUGCCCAUCCUGGGCUGGAACUGCCUGCACAACCUGCCCGACUGCUCCACCAUCCUGCCCCUCUAUUCCAAGAAGUACAUCGCCUUCUGCAUCAGCAUCUUCACGGCCGUCCUGGCCACCAUCGUGGUCCUGUACGCUCGUAUCUACUUCCUGGUGAAGUCCAGCAGCCGCAGGGUGGCCAGCCCCCACACCUCGGAGCGCGCCAUGGCCCUGCUGCGGACUGUGGUCAUCGUGGUGGGCGUGUUCAUCGCCUGCUGGUCCCCGCUUUUCAUUCUUUUCCUGGUCGACGUGGCCUGCAGGGUGAAGGAGUGCGCCGUCCUGUUCAAGGCCCAGUGGUUCAUCGUGCUGGCCGUGCUGAACUCGGCCAUGAACCCCGUCAUCUACACGCUGGCCAGCAAGGAGAUGCGGCGGGCCUUCUUCCGGCUGGUCUGCACCUGCCUGGUCCGGGGCUGGGGCACCCGCUCCUCGCCCGCCCAGCCUGCUCUCGAUCCCAGCAGAAGCAAGUCCAGCGGCAGCAACAACAGCAGCCCCUCGCCAAAGAGCAAGGAGGACCCUCCCCAGAUAGCCGCCUCGCCCUGCGUAACCGACAGGAACAAAACCCUGCAGAAUGGGGUCCUCUGCAAGUGAGAGCAGCCGCCUCCAGGAACGGAGAUCCUUACACGUCCACGGGACGAGGGGCGCUCUGCUCGCAGCCACCUCUGUAUUUAUCGCAUGCCUCAUGCCCGGGACUUCAGAGCUGGGGCUCGGGAAACCUAUUUGCCAAUAGCCUGCGUAGUGUGGACGUCACUUAAGGGGGGGACCCGAGGACUCGCCAGCUGAUUCCACGGUGGACGGUGUGCCUUGUCCGUUUCAGCUCCAGAGUCUUCCGAACGUCCCCAGCUGCUGACGUGAUCUGCUUCCCCUGAGUCCCAGCGGCCACUCUCCAUGGUGCCUGCCGAGGGAAGGUCGUGGGCCACACAACGUCCGGUGUGCCUCCCGGAACGUCACGGUGAUGUGGGGCAACUUUACACUACAUUGUGCACAGAGUGGAUGCUGGUGCAUUCGUCACUUCUGCAUUACGGAGCACUUGUGUUUCAGACGGCUGCCAUCAGUACAUGGCACAGUGUCCUGACUGAACCACCAGGUGCAAGGAUGUGGCUGGCAACCAGGUGGACAUGCCAGUCCCAGUCUCCUCAACUGACAUGAAGUCUUGUGUUCAGCAGGCUGAAUUGCCUGAAUUCCCAGGAAGGGCUGCUCCCAGGCGGGUCUCAGGUGUGUGGGUCUGACCCAGAUGGCAUCUGAAGGACCCUGGGAGAAUGGGAGAGCUCAGUCCUGUGUCCCUGUGGAGUCUUAAACACAUUCAAAGCCCCAUUAACCAAGUUACAUGAUUGCUUGGGGUUCCUACAGAUCCCAGAAAAGCCAGGAAGAGAACCCACAUGAGAAACAGAGGACGGACACCCUGGCCAGAAGCCGGAGGCCACGGGCUGUUUAAUGCGAUGGAAUGUUUGUCCUGAAUUAGAGGUUGACUUGAUCCUGUGUGGGGUCUAUUCACUUUGAUCAGAGAAACACCAAGUCAGUGGCCCCGUGUUGUCCCCGUGGAGAAGCCGGGGUGGUGAGCAGCCCCCGCCCGCCCAAAAACUGACCCUGACGGUACCUUGUCGGGAGCGCGUCUGUGAUCCGGUGGUUUGUGCAUUCUUCGAGGAAAUGUAAUGAUGCUGUAAUCCCCCUUUUCAGUAUGGGUUGACCCUGUGUCCCCGUCCGUAGGGAGUUAUUUAGAAGGCAUUUCUGUGCAUGCCUUCCCCAAGGAUUCCACCUGCAGGACAAACGGACGAGGAGAACGUGCACAUGUCUGUAGAGAUCUCAUGAACACGUUUGGUUCUUGGUAGAAACAAAACAGAGCAACCGUCAGGAGAGCUCCUACUUGGGCAAGCCCACAUCAGAGCCCCUGAAGUUUUCUGGUUCGCUGGGUGUUUCUGCUGAGUCAAGACUCAAGAGACGUGUCAGUAUGUUAGUUCUCUCAAGAAGUGGGCUCCUGCGUGCUCUCUGAUGCACGUUCCCCAGAUAGAGGAACGUUCCUGUGGGUCCUGGGUGGUCUCCAUGUGUUGACCAAAGACUUUCCUCAUUUUUGUUAUUGAUGACGAAAGUCCCAUUUGUCAGGAGACGCUCAGCAGUGGCAUUUUUGUUGGCUUCUUUACGUCACUGAAAAGGAGAUUAUUAUCGACCGUGAAAGCAUGUCCAGAAAAGUAAAGCACAGAGAAAACAAGGCAGUGUUUCGGAGCCAGAAUGUUGGGCAGCGCGUGUUCACGUAGGGAGUGAAGGACUGCCGGACUCGGUGUCCUGGCUCUGAGGGGUGUUUGGGGGCCCUGGGUCUCUGGUGCUAAUAUUAGUGAUACUUGCUCCAUAACCCAAACUUCCCAUUUCGAGAACGCAAAAACUUUCAAGCAGUCUGAGUGCAAAAUAUGCCGAAAGAGUAAUUGUGUGUGUUUGGUAGAUGAGGGGAACAAUCAGCCUUAACACCAGUGUGUGUGGCGUCCCUGGCAGCUGGCUGGGGCCUGGAGGGGUUUCAGAGCCACAGAGAAUUCGUGCGUUAGAUCUCACUCGGUCAGUAACCUUUACCGUGUCCGUGUGUGUUAACAAAAUAAAAACAAAAGCCUGCUUAUAAGCCUGUUGCUGGGGGUUGGCCUGGGGCUUGUUUGCACCAGGGCCCCCUCUGGUGACGCGCAGGGUGGCGGCUGGCCUCCCACUGGCCCGUGUUCCCCCAGGACGGAAGCCACUCUUGGAAGCUUGUGACCGUCCCCCGUGUGUCCCCCGGGCAUGACUAGUGUCCAGGGAAGUUUCGGUGUGCCAGGUUUUGGUAGGCCGGGGCGUUUGGAGGUGGGUGAACCCUUCGACAAGGAGAAAAUGAUGCGUCCUGGCCGUAAGAGACGGGCUGUUUUGUUCAGCUCUAUUUGCAACAGGAGGGAGGAGGUCAGAACCGGCCCGCUGCCCAGUGUCCUCGUUGACAGAGGGCGACUUCUAGCCUGUGUGCGUGAGCGCAUGUGUGUGCGUGCACGUCUGUGUGGGUGCGUGUGCAUGUGCAUACGUGCAUGUGUGUGUGCACAUGUCCGCCCUGCCUUAGGCCCACAUUUGGCACAACUAGUCUUGGGUUGAUGUUCAUGGAGAAAUCUCGUGGCACAGACGAGGGCCACAGCCUGCAGCCGCCACCCUUGACUCUGCCCGACGUGACCAGGCGGAUGUGAUCGCAAAGCCCGCCAGGACUGCCGCGGCCAGGCCGCCACUUUGAUCCUGCGCCCUGGGAGGAGGGCGAGGCUUGGCAGGCGAUGGUGGUGUAACAAGUCUGGGAUACCAUAGUACCUGCCCUCCGAGGAAAGGUUCCAAAGUCCCUCCUCUCCCUCGUGAGGCAACGCAAGACCCAGCACCCACGCGAGAGACUUUUCACACAAUCCUUUAUUGCUCACAGAGUUACACUGACAGUCGUUUAAACAGUGAGGCAGAGAGAGCGGCUGUUUCCCUGCACCCUGACCCGAGGUUAUUCCACGCUGGUAAAGAGCCUUUCACAGACAUGUUAACGAGGUGCAUUUUAUAGAAAACGUUUAAUUGAAUUACCAAGUCCAUGCUUUGAAAUCCACGAGGACAAAACCUCAACACCCAAAUGUUUUUAGUAUCUAAGUCAAAAUAUCAAAGGUUUGCUACAUAGUCAGAAAUGCACACACCACUAUCCCGAAAAUGAAGGCACGUUUUCUGAUAACCAGUGAGAAGGAAAAGUGCGGCGUGGCCCAAAUGGGGGUGACCCCGGGGGCCGCCACCUGGGCCCUCUGCUCUGCAGCUGCCGGCGUGCAGGGCUCUGACCUGUAGCCACGUCACUUCCCGAAGGAGUGAGGCGGGUGCGCUGAGGGCGAGGAAGCAAGCACGGGAGCCGCUCCCCUCCCCGCCUCGCCUGUGUUCCCCACAUUGCCAGGCGCUCCCAGCUUUCACAGAACAGAGCUUCGGAAGCUCCAGAUUGGUUUGGUAAUUCCACUCCCCAGAAUCGAAAUGCUGUCCCAGCAUCAGAGCAGAAAGUGGUGACUUGGCAACAUACCCAGAGACCUUCACGGCAAUCCUUGUUUGUUCCACAAAAGUUAACGGAAAACAAAACACAAAAUUCUCAAAUAAUAUUUAUCAAUAUAUAUAAUUUGCCAUCCGAAUGCUUUGUAAAAAGUAAUAAAUAUCUCAUUAUUACACAUGAAAUUUACAUGGAGUUCUCUCCUAAUCCUUGGAUUUUAACAUCAAAUGUUUAAUUCUUGUUUAAUUCUGAAUGCAAAGAAACAUUCACAUACUUAAUUUUUUACAAUAUUUAUUCUGGAACAAGUUUUAUUCAAGAGGCAAAUGAACAGAGAACAUUCCACUUGCAACCGACACAUAAUCGUCACAGAGAAAGGGAAUUCCGUGUUUGAAGAUGGAUAUGCCCAUUUAUUUCUGCUGUAUUGAUUGCUGCUUGCUUCAGUUGGAUAGAAAAUUUGGUAGUGGGAGAAAUGUCCCAGAUGUGUGUGAGCUCAUUAGCUGUGACACUAGACCACGCGUGUGCUCCCUGUGCAUCAAUUUCUACCGACAGCAUCGCAAGGUGAGCUGCACCGGCAUCUGGCACUUUCUUCCAUGAGAACAGUCCGCCCAGCCCUCCAGGAGGAGCCCAAGGGAGUCCUUUAUUCACGGCAUUGGAGAGGCAGGAGGAGGCCCGAGGAGGGCACCCCAGCCCCCAGUGUCCCUGCUUACACCAGCCAUUCUAUGUGAGCGGGUCCUGCCCCCUCCAGAGGUCCACCCCACCUGCCUCCUACCUGUCUUCCAGCUUGCAAAGCCUUCAGACUCCCCACACCCACCGUGGAGCCCUGGCCUCCACUGUCUUGCUGAACAUGACCGCAUCAGUCAUCAGGGUUGUCACACUCUCACGCCCAUGCGUGCUUAUUUCCUAUGGGGGGCCCGGCACCGUGGCCACUACAUAGGAACCGAUGCACAGACGAGGCCGAGAGAAGGCUGGCUGGGAAUGCCUACAAGCUGGGCAGCACACACAGCUGUGCCUAGGCAGACAGCUCAGCCCCAGCGCGCCUCGUGGAGACAGCCUUGCCACUCCUGCCCCUUCUUAUCCUUCCUCUCUGCCUCUGAGAGAGGCUGCAUGCUGCCAGGUGAAAGCAGGAAACCCUUCUCCUUACCUCCAUCCUCCUCCACUGUCUCCCUCCUGGCCCCUGCUGGCUUCCCUUCCCUCCUGUCCCUCUGUCACUUCCACAGUGCCCCCCGCCCCAUGGCCUUCCUGUCUGUUCCUGCUCCCUUUGCACAUGGGUCCCGCGUCCUACAGCAUCCAGGACCCUCCUCCAUGUGUCUGCAGAUGCCAAAGUCUUCACAUCUGUUUCACUUUCUGCUUGUCCUUGUGGGUUCAAAUACCAAACUGCAGGGAGGAGCCUUGAGGUGCACACCGCACGGCCAGCCUGCACGCACACACACAGGUGUGCGUGUGUCCUGAUCAGUGCAGGUGUGUGCGUGCGCCACGGACAUGCCAAGUCCUGGUAGAACACUGCAGUUCUUCUGGCUGCUGUAAACUGUGCCGGUUUUAGAACUGUGAUUUUGUUGCUUGCAAACUUAUAAAUAUGUAUAAACCCCAUUAUAAAUAAAUUGUGGCUGGCAGAUGGCAUUUUAUCUGCCAGCAGCGACUGCACAGAGUUCUAAAUGCUUAUUAAUCCUCCACUUUUAAAACUCAGGGCAUGGACUCUGGGAUCUGUGACAUGAGGUGGUGUGAAAACAAAGUCGUAAAUUCGAGGAGGAAAGCCCUCAAUCAGGGAGGGUUAAGGGCUGGCAGCUCACACUUAAUGUGGUUCUUGAAGUCCACACUCCCCACCAGCAUCGCUCAGUUUACUAGAAAUGCAAAUUCUUGGUCCCCGUGCAGACCUCCUGGGGUGGCGUUAGGGGGCGUCUUGGUGUCGGUCCACUCCAUCUGCUUAGCCGGGAGGCCUGUCGCCCUGCCUGCGAUCCCCACCCUGGGAGCGCGCUCAGGUGUGCACGGGGCAUGCUUUCCACCUAUGAUGGGCCAGUGGCUAAAUGCCGCUGGGUGAGCACGGAUGCGUGUCCAGCCCCGUCUCCUGCUGUCCCUCGGCACCAUUAAUCUUCCCCAUCACCGUGACCCACCCGAUCACGCCCCCUCGUCAGCUUCCUCCCCUUCCCCACCCCUGGGGCAUCACCCAGAGAAAGUACAUACAGUCAGACCCUCUGGGGGUCUGCUUCCUAAGCGCUGCAAACAGAAACACUUCCUUGUCUGUGUAAGGCUCCCGUCUUUAUGCCUUUUGCAAGAAGAAGGAGCAUAAAUGCAAACCCAAGGAGGAGGGAAGAACUAUGUGCCAUUUUCCACCAAGGACUGAGCUUUAUACCCGAACUGUAAAGGACCCUAAUAAGUCCUGCGCUCUAAGAUUCAGCCACUGUCAUCACAUUCCAGCAAGUCACCUGGCCCCAGCUCCCCCAGUGAAAAGGGGGUUCUGCAGCUGCAUGAUCCUAGAACACGCCCUUGCUUAUUAUCCUCUGGGGGGCCCUGGCAUGUCCAGGUUUGCAACACCUUUCUGUGAAGUGGUUUUCCCAAUUCAUCUCUCUCAGGACCAGCUCUUUAAGUUUCACUACAGAGCCAGAUAUUAUUCUAAAACUCAGGACCGAGAUUUGUCUGCGACAUACAGUGACCUAAGUGCAGUAUUUCCACAGUCCCCAUCCCCUUUCCUAUCAGGCUGUCACCACCCACAGAAAGGCUUGGAUGGACUGCAGUUGUGGGAACACAGCAAGGAGCCCAUCACACCUGCGCAUGACGCGUCCCAGGAAGCAACUGUCCUUCCUGUUUCCGUAUAUUCACCAGCACCUCCCCAUCUAUCUUGCAGCGGCAGGGGGUGCAGGGGGCCGGCCACCGCUCCGAGACUGGGGGAGGCCGCCCGCGCUGCCCGGGGAGGCCUGUGAUCUCGUGGGAAUUGCCUUCACCUGGGGACCAACUCAGGGAAAGAAGGACCAGGACAUCCGUCCUAACGUGUCUCUUAUGGGGAGGAGCCACGAGGACAUCUGGCGCUGCCUGAAAGAAGCGCUCCAUCUCAGGAUCCCCGGACGGGCCGAGCCGGGAGACCCGCCAGCAGAGUCCGAGCACAGGCCCUGCUGGGGGCCACGCCAACUGCUACUCUGCCCGAGCCUCCCCCUCCUAAGCCAGGCCUUCCCCUCUGCACAAGGCUGGUCACUUUCUGUCUUCCCUGGAAAUGACCCGUGGCACCUUCCUCCCUGCGAGACCCUCAGAACACCAUACGCCUGCACCUGGGCUUCUGUCCACCCAUCCACCCCAAACCUACGACGGCGUUCAACAAUGAAACACGGGUCACGGCAAUGCGGCCGCUGGGUCCCUUCGCCUCUCGAGUAUAAAAACCCCGGGAGUGGCGGUGUCUGCACAGUCGAGAUGGGGAGAUGUUUGAAUGUGUUGGCCACCAGACAGUCCACGGGGCGGUUCAGGGCCUCGAGCAUCAAAGCUCGCUGAAACCACGGGUGAGCAGCCCCACGGGGACCUGCAGACUCUAGUGGGACAAGAACGUCAUUUGAAAGUCCUGCUCAUUCACACACGGUGGUGUGGGUGGGGGUCUCCGGGGCCACGCCCAGUGGGGACUUGCCAUGCAGCCCAGCACGCCCAGAGGCCUGGGCGGAGAGGCUGGGCCGCCAGAGAGGCAGCAGGCCCGGUGCCACCGUGGGCUCCGGGGGGCCGGGCACAGUGAGCAGCGAAUGUACCGGGGGAUUUGGGGGUCCGGGAACACACAGCCCUGCCCUGGCAGGUCUGGGUCUGGGUGAGGGGGGACCCAGGCUGGGCAGGGAGUGGCCGUCUUUGCCUGGGAAUCCUGAGCUCCAGGCGCAGCAGAGCCCAGAGACGUGGAGGGAGCACAGCUCUGCUGCCUCCCCACGGCGAGGCUUAAAGUAGGGUGGGGCGCCCACCGUGCCUCAGUUUCUCCCCCUGUGAGUGAGGCUCCCCAUAAUGCCCAUCCCACGGCCUUGAUGGGGAGCUAAGGUGACCUGUGGAGCCCCAGCAUGCUUCACACAGGGGAGGGACGAAGGUGAGAGAACCGCAGGCCUCUGCUGGGUCCGCAGGCUGCCCCGGCGGUGACAGGGGAGAAGUUUCCCCCUGGCCCUGUCGUGUUGUAAGCGACCCUGGAAUCUGAACUUAAAAAUACAUAUUUUGAAUUAAUAUCGAAACAAAAUUUGAUCUCCCCCCAAUAUUUCGAAUUUUCUAAAUUGAUUCUCAUGCAAAAAACCACGAUGUAUAUUGCUUAUCACCAUUGAGAUAAACCCUGACUUCACAACAGAGAGCUGCAGACCCUGCAGGUGACCAUUUCUCACAUCCCAGGAGGGGAAAGAAAGCAGGUCAACUGUCCAGGGGCUCAGGGUCCUCAACCAGCCUUUCCUACUUUGCCUUUCAACAUUAGCAUUUGGGGGCGUGCCCUUAACAUUACCCAGUGCGGCAUCGCCGGCUGUCCACAGAAAAGUCAUUUUAUCCAUUUUUUAUAUGUGUGGACACUCGCACACAGGGAUGAACCUCUUAUGCAGGGCUGCGGGGCUGCGGGGC